CAAGAGUGAGGAAACAUCACCGGUAGCGGUAGGAAUAAAACAGAACAGAAAUGGGUAGAGAGAGAUAGAGGAAUGGAGGCGGAUAAAGAAAGGACGUCGGUGGCUACAAUAUGGAGUCUGUUGUUGGAAUGCAAAUGAGAGAAGAUAAAAAGCUGGCCCAGUUAUUUGUCCAGCCACCUCUGUCACUCUUGUCAUUGUAAUUACUACACUCCUCUAUUCUAAUCUUCAAUUUCUACCAGUAAAUAUAGACCCCUUAACAUAUUCCUGCUCCUCAUUUCCAAAACUUUUCUUCUUAAAUCUUCAAAAUUCCUUCAUUCAUUGAUAUUACAAUAAAAAACACCAAUCAGUGUUGAACCUAAAAACACUGAUACGAGAUAACUAUAUUACUUUAUUGACUGCUCAAACAUGUACUCUUCGACCGGACUGCACGGAUUGAGAGGCACCGUGGCUGCUUCGGCGUUGAGCCCUGAUCCCUUUUCAUACGAUUCCAUUCGCAACUGCUACUUUGCCAAUCCAACCAGCUCGGCUAUGAGUUCUCCUUCCCACUUCACUUGUUCUCUACCUCCUCAGUCACUCUACGCCUCUAGCAUCCCCUUGACCCCUCAUCCUCCUGCAAUGUUCUACGGGGACCCUCUCUGUCACCAACUCACCUCACCCUCUGACCUUCCAGGUGGGUGUGGAUCCCUGACUGGAUGGAUUGGAGGUGCGAUGCCGGUUCGCAAAGAGAGGAGUCGAGACGCUGCUCGGAACAGACGAGGUAAAGAAAAUACCGAAUUCUUUGAAUUAGCCAAGACUCUGCCAGUCUCCAUAGCAAUUACAAGCCAGUUGGACAAGGCGUCUAUUGUCAGGCUGACAAUCGCAUUUCUCAGAAUGAGACACUUGUCCGCCCUUUGUUCACCUCCGUGGUCAAACUCAGUCUCUGUCUUGCCACAUGUAAAAGACUCCAACCCAACUACCAACUCAUGCCUCGAUUUCUCCGAUUCAAUAGGCAUGCACAUGCUCCAGGCUAUGGAUGGGUUUGUCAUGGCUCUUUACAAAGAUGGCAGAAUUCUGUAUGUCUCAGAAACAGUAUCCGUUUACUUGGGUCUCUCUCAG